AGUGCCCGGUCCUGGCAGCGGGAAGUGCCCGGUCCUGGCAGCGGGAAGUGCCCGUUCCAGCGGGAAAUGCCCGCUCCCGGCUCUGCCCCGUGCCCGUAGCCAGCCGGGAUGGCAGCGCGGCCCGAGCCCAGAGCUGUGACCAAGCUCGUCUCCUUUGGCACCACCCAGGAGAGGAAAAUGUUCCCCUACAGCCACGCCCCAGACAGGCUGGGCAUCGAGGUGCUGGGGGUGAGGGGCGACCCCUCCCUGGGGCCAGGCUCCUACCUGGGGCCAGAGAGCAGCGCCCUGCAGUCCCCGCUGAGCACCCGGCCCCUGAGCAGCCGGGGCUACGUGAUGGGAGCCAGGACGGCCCCGCGCUUCCAGCAGAAGGCUCAGGUGAGGGGGCGCCAAAAAGGGGGAAAAACAGGGAAAAAUCCAGGGGAAAAUAGCCAAAACACAAGGGGAAAGCAGAAAAAAAAAAAGAGGGGAAAAGAGGGAAAAAGCAGGAAAAAAAAAACUGGGGAAACACCGCUGAGCCCCGGCCCCGCCGCCUACGGACCCUCCCCGGCCCGGCCCCGCCCGGCCCCGCCCGGCCCCGGCCCGGCCCCGUUCGGCUCCAGCACCCCCCGGUUCCCGGGGCGCGCCCCGGACCGGGACCGGAACCCCGGGCCGGGCACCUACGACCCCCGGGAGCCCCAGGCCAGGCAGGUGAGGUGGCCGGGCUGCUUCGGGGCUCCCGACUGGGCGCGCCUGCCCCGCCCGCUGCCCAGGAUGCUCAGGAUGCAGGUGCAGAAGAUGACUGUGGAUAAGAAAUUCCAGAAGAACCUGGGCAGGGAGGCGUACCUGAGGCUGUACCACGGCUGAGGAACAAAAUCUGAAUUUGGAGACGCUCACAGCCUGAAUAAAUCCAAUAUUUUCCAUUCUU